AAUGGAUGCAUGAAGUGACGUUGGCUGCCAUAGAUAUAGCGGCUGUCGAUGAUGUCCCGUCAGCAGUUCACACCCGACGUCGCUGCAGAGCGUGGGUCCUUCGUGUGGACUACCAUGAUAUCAGGGCUAAAGACCUACACUGAACCUUCUUAGGAGCAUCGAAGAACAUAUAAGACCGGAAGUGGAGGACAUCACGCAAGCAGGCGUCCAGUGGAGACACUCCAAGAGAGUCGGGUGGUCUCUCCAAGAUCAUUUACCGCCAACAUGUCAUCCUCGGGCAAGGAGGCCAACUACGUGGGACCUUACCGCUUGGAGAAGACGCUGGGAAAAGGACAGACAGGUCUUGUCAAGUUGGGCGUCCACUGUGUCACAUACCAGAAGGUUGCUGUCAAGAUAGUCAACAGAGAAAAACUCAGUGAGUCUGUUCUUAUGAAGGUGGAACGAGAGAUUGCCAUUUUGAAGCUCAUAGAGCAUCCUCAUGUUUUAAAGCUGCACGACGUCUACGAAAACAAGAAAUACCUGUACCUGGUGCUAGAACAUGUAUCUGGUGGGGAACUCUUUGACUACCUAGUGAAGAAGGGUCGACUAACGCCAAAAGAAGCACGGAAAUUCUUCCGACAGAUCAUCUCAGCCCUGGACUUCUGCCAUAGCCACUCCAUAUGCCACCGAGACUUGAAGCCAGAGAAUUUGUUGUUAGAUGAGAAGAACAAUAUCAGGAUAGCAGACUUUGGCAUGGCGUCUCUGCAGGUCGGGGAAAGUCUGCUGGAGACCAGCUGUGGAUCGCCGCACUACGCCUGCCCAGAGGUGAUCAGGGGGGAGAAGUAUGAUGGCCGCAAAGCAGAUGCAUGGAGCUGUGGAGUCAUCCUCUUCGCACUUUUAGUGGGCGCAUUACCUUUUGAUGACGACAAUCUGCGAAAUCUUCUGGAGAAGGUGAAGCUAGGAGUGUUCCAUAUGCCUCACUUCAUCCCUCCAGACUGCCAGAACCUUCUUCGUGGCAUGAUUGAAGUGGACGCAUCCAAGAGACUGACGUUAGAGGAGAUCCAGAAGCAUACAUGGUACCUAGCGGGAAAGAAUGAACCUGAGCCUGAACAGCCCGUCCCCAGGAAAGUGUCUAUCAGAAAGCUGGCGACAGCAGAAGAGAUCGAUCCUGAUGUGCUCGAGAGCAUGCACUCUCUCGGCUGUUUCAGGGAUAAGGACAAACUGACCAAAGACCUACUGUCUGAAGAGGACAAUCAGGAAAAGAUGAUCUACUUCCUUCUACUCGAUCGCAAGGAAAGAUAUCCAAGCCAUGAGGACCAGAAUCUCCCACCGCGCAAUGAGAUCGACCCUCCCAGGAAGCGAGUGGACUCGCCCAUGCUGAGUCGUCACGGGAAGCGAAGACCAGAGAGGAAGUCGAUGGAGGUUUUGAGUGUCACAGAAGGAGGAUCACCUGUACCGGUACGACGAGCCAUGGACAUGGCAACUCACGGUCAGAGGUCACGCUCCAUCAGUGGAGCGUCCUCUGGUCUUUCCAUCAGUCCUCUCAGUAGUCCCAGGCCCAACCGGCGGUUUUUCAUCCCACCCCAAUCCCCAGACCUGUGUCAGUCCCCCAAUUGCAGCCCCACCCACUCCCUUGAGAUUCGUCUUAACGGGUUGGGUCCUCGCACACCCAACUCCUUCCAUCCAAAAAUGGGGUCCCCCCUCAUGCACCCUCGCACUCAGACCCUCCCUGCCAAACCCAAAGUGUCCGAGAAACCACUGCAGACCACCAAGUCCAACCCGCUCCCCAGCCCAGCCCAGACUCCUUUUAAGUCUGAACCUUCUACACCCAACCAGCCACUAACGCCCUGUAUCUCCAACAGUCCCUGUCUGAGGCGCCACUCUCCCCUUACUGUGCCCCCUAAGAUCUCCAUUCUUCUGUCCCCUGUGCCUCCCAUGUCCCCCAUGCGCCGCCACCACCUCCACCCUGACCACAAUGGCAAAUCUUUCCCCAAUACGCAGGUGACCCCCCAUCCUUCCCCCAGAGGGAGUCCUCUUCCCACCCCUAAAGGUACCCCGGUUCACACACCAAAGGACAGCCCGACUGGCACACCCAGUCCAACGCCACCCCCCAGCCCAUCCAUCGGGGGAUUGCCUUGGAGGACUCGCCUCAACUCCAUCAAAAACAGCUUCCUGGGCUCGCCUCGGUUCCAUCGUCGGAAAAUGCAAGUUCCCACACAAGAGGACUUGUCCAGUCUAACCCCCGACUCUUCUCCAGAACUUGCAAAAAAAUCCUGGUUUGGUAACUUCAUUAACCUGGAAAAAGAGGAGCAGAUAUUCAUCGUGAUCAAGGACAAACCUCUCAGCUCCAUAAAAGCAGACAUUGUCCACGCUUUCCUCUCUAUACCGAGUCUGAGCCACAGUGUCAUAUCCCAGACCAGUUUUCGGGCCGAGUACAAGUCAGCAGCUGGUCCAACUGUUUUUCAAAAGCCUGUCAAGUUCCAGGUAGACAUCACCUACUCGGAGAGCACUAGCGCCACCAAGGAGAACGGAAUCUACUCUGUCACAUUCACACUGCUCUCAGGUCCAAGCCGACGUUUCAAGCGUGUGGUGGAGAUCAUUCAGACCCAGCUGCUGAGUUCCAAUGAGCAGUCUGGCAUCCAGCCCCAGAUCUCUGUAGAUAGUUGUCAGUCCUCUGAUUGGCCAAGCCAAUCCUCCAAGCGAGGCAGCCCGUUGAGUAACUUCUUUGACGUAAUUAAACAGCUUUUUUCAGACGACAAGAACGCCCAAUCCGCCCCCUCGCCCACCGCUCCCAGCUCCCCCGCCAAGCAUGCCUCCCCGGCUGCCAAGCCCGGCCAGCCACCCGCCAAUGACUCCAAAUGUCCCGCCGGCAAGGACAAAACAAAGAUGGCUGCCAACAACAGGACACAGGAGCAUCCUUAAGGAGUGCUAGCCGUGCAUGUCUAGAUGAGAAAGAUGCAAAACUAGACAAAGAAAAGCUGCUUAUAUUGUCACAAAUCCACUUUUUUACUCACAAUGUAGCGUUGUAGGUCCCGCCUCCUCUGUCCCAGGGUUGGGUGGAAGGGGUGUCCUCUCGUUUCUUGUGUUUGAUAGCUUGACUUGUCUCUGCCACCAGGAAUCAUCCACAAAAACUCUUAAACUACAGCGGCCGGCCUGCUCGUCACCUUCAGAAAAAGACCCAACGUCCCGCCCCCGUCCUCGUUACUCCGUCCACCUGACUAAACUCUUCUUGGAAGACAAAGAAGCCUUAAGACAGUAAAGUUUGUCACAUCUUUUUGCUUGACUUCAAACACAUGCCUCUGGUGGACACGACCCGGUGGAGGAAGCGGAGACAGAAAGUACUUCUUCUUUGGGUUUUACAGAAGCGAAUAAUCUCCUUUGUUUUACGAACUAAAUAUUGUUCUCCCUGUAUUUUGUUCUCUCCCAUACACAUCAGAAACACACCAAAAAAAGCAACUAAUGUAAUCCUUCAUUUGGUGAUUCCUAUGCAAUAAUUCCAAGCAAAGUUGUCCAGAACAUGUACAAGACACAUGGGAGUCUUUAUUAUGAAUACUGUACAAAAUUCGACUACUGAGAAAAAAAACUACAAACCAAGAGCAAAGUGAACAAUUUAUAACAAGAACUAAAAGUAUUCAAAAAAGAAACUUCUUGAGCUUUAGGCCAGAAAAAACGAGUUGGGAAACGGAGCAACGAGGCAGUUUAGGAAGACAGUGUAAGUAGGAAAUUGGAAAUGGACUAUCACUUUGACAGUUACCUUGAUUAUGUUAUGAUCCGUUCGUAGGUUUUGAUUCACGUGUGGUUUAAGUUCUGUUUGAGCACCCAUGUUUUGUGUUUCUUGGUUGUCAUGGGUGCUGAUUAGUGUCACCUGCCUCGGAUUAGUGUUCGGGGUGCUCACCUGUUCCUGGGCACUAAUCAGAGAACUAUUUAGUCCUGACUUUUCGCCUCACUCGUUCUGGUGCUUUUCUUUGCUUACACGCAACAAGUGACGUCGUCAACCCUUCGUUUUCCUGAGCUAAGCUUUGCCUUAUGCUGUUCUUGUUAGCUAUCCCGUUAGCUCCCCGUGCUUUGUUUGUUUGUCGCUGCCUGAUUUAUAACAUAAACUUCCUGAGUUCCUGCUGCAUUCUUGGAAGAACAAUCCGCGCAUCACCAUGCGUCCAUAGCGUUACAGAAAAGCACCAGCACGAG